AUGCAACAUUACAUCUCCCACUUCGACGGCAUCGACGGCCUCAAGACAGAAGAUGUACCACUUCCAUCACCCGGACAAGGCGAGGUCCUUGUUCAGGUCCGGGCUAUAUCGCUGAACUACCGUGACAUGGAAGUGAUCAACGGUGAAUACAACCACCACCGCGCAAUCAAGCAAGUGCCAAACAUAGUCCCCUGUUCAGACAUGUGCGGCGUUGUCCAAAGCGUCGGCAAAAACGUCACCAAAUGGAAAGUCGGCGAUCGCGUGGUUUCCUUAUUCGUCCCAGACCACAAGACAGGACAACUGACUGAGAGAGCGCUCGCUACCAGCUUGGGCCUCCCUCAGCAUGGUGUGCUGGGAACGCAUCGUGUUUUCGCAGAGGAUGCGUUGGUCAAGGCACCCGAGCACAUGAGUGAUGAGGAGGCAUGCACGCUGCCAAUCGCGAGUGUUACGGCGUGGAUGGCGAUCAAUGGCACGCGGCCGUUGGGACAGAAUGGGGGUCAUGGAGAGUACAUUCUUCUUCAGGGAACCGGAGGUGUUAGUAUCGCUGGAUUGCAGAUUGCGAAGGCAUCUGGUGCGAAGGUUAUAAUUACUUCAUCAUCUGAUGAGAAACUAGCCAAGGCGAAGAACCUCGGAGCCGACUUUGGUAUUAACUAUCGUCAGAUACCGGAAUGGGCUAACAAAGUGAUGGAGGUCACUGACGGACAUGGAGCGGAUAUUAUUCUUGAAACGGGUGGGUCGCAGACAUUAGGUCAGAGCUUCGCGUGUGCUGCGUACGGUGGCCUGAUCAACUGCAUUGGGUAUACUUCUGGCAAGACUCAAGCUUCUGGAGAGCAAAAGAACGUUAAUCUGCUCACUCUGAGUCGUAGCCUGACUUUGAAGGGAUCUGUUAACGGACCGACGGAUCGCUUUGAGGAGCUGAUCAAUUUUUGUGAGAAACAUGACAUACAUCCUGUCAUCUGCAAGGUCUUUUCUUUCAGCCAGGCGAGGGAUGCUUUCAGAUAUCUGAAAAGUGGCUCGCACUUUGGAAAGAUUGUUAUUCGGGUUUAG